AUGGUCAACUGCAGUCUGUGUGAAAAGAGAAUCCCUCAGAGAAGCCUCCUAAGCCGUUCGUCAAGGAGUAAAUUACACAACGCGAUCUUCGUAUCAACGCUAAAUCGCUUCACAUCGAUCCCUCAGGAGCUCAUGGAGACGUACUUUUCGAAGAGUCUGUGUGUGACUCAUUUUAUACAUUCCGCACAAAAUCUCCUGGCAGAGGUGGUGGUAAGUGGCGGAAAAAUAUCUAGGACGCUAGAAGAUGCUGCAUACAUAACUGCGGUGGAUAUUCAUGACGACAUCGUGGACAGCCUCAAUCUUGAGAUUGGAUCCUUUGCUACUGACGUCACCAUUGACAAGAAUGAUGUCUGCCGUUAUCUGAAUUUCUAUAUGAAAAAAUACUUUGGAUCUAAUGGCUGGACUGUUCCUCACAAAGACGACCAGCAGCAACAACCAGAACAUACACAGGAAGAAGGGUCCGCGUCACUCAAAUCGGAAUCGACCGAGGAAAUGGAACUUUUGGAAGAAACGGAUCCCUUCCUUCUGAACGAGUACUUCGUGGUACAAGGGAAGAAGUUGCUUGAACUGUUUCAUAUUACGCGAUGUGGUUGCACCAGUGAUAGCGAAGCAGGAGUAGUUCGGCUAACUUAUGAAGAAUCCAUGCCAGUUAUCACUUACUUCACUGCCGGAAUGUUUCCAGAGAAGAGGAGAUGGGAGGGAAAGGAAGACACAUGA